AUGAAGUUAAUUUAUUUGGUGUUUCUGCUGCUGCCUAUUUUAGAAGCACGCGCAGCUGUCUUCCAACGACGCUACAUACGCCAAGCAGGACGCUAUGGCACCUCAGGCGGUUAUCGCCCUAAUCUCGCUUACAGCGGCAUCAAUCAGGGCGGCGUCAGCGCCAAUGGCGGUGGCAUUAGCAGCAGCGGUAAUGGCUAUGGCAGCGGUAAUGUUAAAGUGAGCGGCAACGGCAGUGGAAAUGUGCGGCUGGCCUAUGCACCCGCCGGUGGCGCUAUCGCCAACCGACCGCACAGUGGCAUUGGUGGCUUCAAGUAUGGUGGGCGUCCAUCGCCGGGCAGUGAUUUCGUCGUGAAUGCUUUAGGCGCUGCCGGUGCUGGACCCAGCGGCGCAUAUUCAGCCAAUCAUCCGCAGGCGGUGUACAAAAAUGUGGCCGGACGUCCGCAGGCGAAUACGCUUUAUCGCGGGGGACCAGGCGGAGCGUUGGCGAGCGCUGGCAGACCAGUAGGCGGCAGUGGAGCUUAUCAAAGUGGCUAG